AGCAAAUUGAUUUGUUUCAAAAAUUUGUUUAAAAAAAAAAAUAAUUAAUACACGAAAAUAUUUCUUCUAGCAACAUGACUCCAGCAAAGGUCACAAAAUUUACCAAACUCACAAUUGAAGAUGAUGACAAAAGAGAAAUGGCUCCACCGGAAGUCAAAAUCAAAAAAGUCAUGAUGGAUCGUAUCGAGCCAUCAUCGGCCACAGCAUCUUUAAUGCAUUUAAGUUUAUACGAACGCAUGUUGUUGGAGACUCAAAAGAUCUUGCACAUAAGAUCUCAAUUGGUAGUUCAUGAGAAAAUAGAUAAUAAAAUGGUAAAUGUAACACCCAAACCAAUAGAUGUUCCCUACGAGACGGAAGGUUAUAAGAAAUUGACAAGAAAAUAUACUGGCUUGCAAGUUGGUGGGGAUGUAGGGGAUGAUAUAACCAGUUUUAAGAGUGUGACAAGUACUAUAAUGAAAUCGCGAUCAUCUAGGGGAGUGGGAUUGAGACUGUCACUGGAAGAUAUAAUAAAUGGGGUUGGCAGUGAGCGUAUGCUUAUGGAUUUACAAGUCUCUGCCAGACACUCUUCCCACAUGGUAAGUUUAGACUCUUCAACAUCUUCUCUAUCACUGCCAGAAAUGCCCUUAGUCCCCAAAUACAAAUGGCCCUUCAUACGCAUAAUAUUGCGCAAAACAGAGCUACAGCUGCUGUUUGAACAACGCAGUAUGACGGCUAUAAAAAAUACCGAGGAUGGUAAUUUCGCUGAAAUGGAUAAUAAAGAAUAUGAUUACCUUACCCUUGGUAGAGGUAAAGUACGCAGGCGUUCGGAGGCUGAAUCACAAACAUCAGAAACUCUAUAUAAAGCCAGAGAAAUCAAUACCAACAAGUUAGAGACAAGAGACGUUGCCACAUAUGUUUCUUACUUUGAAAUGUUUGAUACCUACAAUCAGCUGGAAGAUAUCAAAUAUGGCUUCAAUGAGUACGAAUCCACAAAGCUGCAUAUUUCCCAAAGUCAAACUCCAGAGGAACAAUUUGCUAUUAUAGCACAAUUGCCCUCAUUUCACCUGGCCAGUGUGAUAAUAAAACGUUUAUUGGCUGGAAAUACCUAUGAAGAGGGUCAAAAACGAUUCCGCAAUAUGAUAAGCGUAACAAGAACGGUGAAAAAGAUUAAUUAUAAAUAUUCUCUGAAAACUUUGUUUAACAUACAUCCAGCUUCCAAAGAUAAAGUACGAAAAGCGAUAUCCGACAUGAGUUUCUGUUAUACCAACAGCGAUAUAUUGGCCGUGGCUUAUGGCAUUUACUCCUAUCAGGCGGCCAAAUUACCCAAAAGAGGUGAAGUGUGUGUGUGGAGCAUUAAGAAUCCCUGUGAUCCAGAACGUUUCUAUAACUACGAGGUGCCAGUGGUGUCAGUAGAAUUCUCUCCCUAUAUGCCUACAUUAUUGGCCAUAGGCCUGUUCGAUGGUUCGGUGGAAGUUAGAGAUAUAACAAACUAUAAUCAACCUGCUGUAGCGAUAUCUCAGCGCAAUUCGUCACCUGGUGUUGAUCCCGUUUUGGCCAUUAAAUGGAUUAAACAAGCCACUUCCAAUGGCCAUGAAGAUGUCGAUCCUUUUAUCGCACUCUCCCAGGAUGGUUCAGUCACACAAUAUACUAUUAUUAAUAGUCCCUUUUUGUCGGGUUUCAAGCUAAUGUCUUUGGAACGAAUUGAGGGUAUACCGGAGGGCUUGCCGGGCAUUAAAUGUUCCUCUGAGUUAACACAACAUACUAAUCGUUGUUCGCAAGGCUUGAAUUUAACAAAACAUCCCACUCAAUUAGAUAUAUAUUAUGUGCUAACCGAUGAGGGUUGUGUGCACAAGUGUUCGACAAAUUAUCAACAUCAUUAUUUACAAGUUUUGAAGACCCAUGAGGGCGCCGUUAAUGCUAUGGAUUUUUCGCCUUGGUCACCGAAAUUGUUUUUGACAUGCGGCAAUGAUUGGUGCAUACGCAUAUGGAUGGAUGGUAUAUUCCAGCCUUUAGUAACACUUAAAAAUACAUGUGGACCCUAUCAGUGGGCUGCUUGGAGUCGUGUGCAUUCCACUAUAUUGAUAGCAAUUAAUCGUAAACAGUGUGAAAUAUGGGAUUUGAGGAGAAACAUUCUGAAGCCCAUGUCAACCACUUUCGUUGGUACAUCAUAUAAUACCAUGGGAAUCUUCUCUCUCGAUGGCAAUUCCAUUGCAAUUGGCACCGAACGAGGCAAAGUAGUAAUCAACGCUUUAGAUGAGAUGCCCUUUCCGCCCUACUAUCAAUAUGACACUUUGGAAAAGGCCAUUUACAAAGCGGUCAGCAUUUACCCAGAAUUGCUAAUAGAAUUAAAAAGUAUUGGUUAUUUCGGUUAUCCGAAUAAGGAAUUUGUAAAACCAACCUGAAAUGCAAUCAACAGUUAA